UCUCUCCUUCAUGUUUUGUGUCGUGGCAAUCAUUACCCCGGUACAGAACUGGUUGACUGCAUUUUCCCUUCUCCCUCGCUCUCGGCCAGUCUAUACCUCGCCAUCGCCAACAUUCCCCGCUGGGCCGCAUCCGCUUCCCUACCCUGCUGUCUUGGUUGCCACCAGACGACAGCCCGGCCACCUAUGGCUCCAUACGGGGGGCCAAGACCAGCGACGACCUCUCCGCCCCAACCGGCCACACCCAGCCCCAAGCAACGACACAACUCCCGACUGGAAACAGCUCUGGAUGAGCUGAAGCGGGCUUUGAACAAAGAGCAAAGGGCAGAAUUCGCCAAGUGCAGCAAGCAAGAUGCCGAAAACGCCAUUAAGUCCAUCCAGGAUAUACUGGGCAAGCAGAGGCGCUUGCAGAAUCUCGCGCGCUUCAACAAGAUCCUGAGGAUGCUUGGUCAUUUGGCCAUCAUUGCGGGUGAUGUCGCCAGCGCAGCCGGACAAGCUGGCUUUUUCUGGGCGCCAAUCCGCUACGUCCUAGACCAGCUCAUACGACGAGGAGGAGGAGCGGACUGCCUUGAUAGAGUGGUGGAUGUGCUUGCAAAGAUAUCGCACAUUUUCCCCGAGAUGGAGGAUUACGAAAGUCUGUACUCGAAACAUCCAGCAGUGCGCGACAUCCUAGAGGACUGCUGCGAAACGAUCAUCAAGUUCAACAUAGAAUUGAUGGAAGUCUUCAACAAAGCAGGUUGGCGUGUCAUGUUCGAGUCCUCCUGGGGUCGUUUUAAAAAAAACACAGCGGACAUGGCGAGCACACUCGAGCGCAACAGCAAGCUGUUAUCCGAGGCCAAGCAGACAGCAACCAUGAGAAUGACGCAUCAGAACCAAGAGCUCCUCGAGCGAAUGACCCAGAAAUUGGAGGAGAUACCUCAGCGCACCGCUGCCACGGAUCGAGAGGAUGCCAGAGACGCGGAACAACGCCUGAAUCAGCUGCGGGAUGUCAUCAACAAGUUGGCACCAGCUCAAUAUCUCGAUGACCAAAGUGACUUCCAGAGACGGCUGUACAGAUCGGAGACAAAGGCCUGGCUUCUGACCGACGAGCGGUUUACCGCCUGGGCUGAUCUCGAUGACGAAGGCCAUAAGGUUAUGGACCUGAACGGUUGCCCUGGAGCGGGGAAAUCGAUUCUGGUCUCCAGCGCCGUUCACCACCUCCAAGAACUUCAAGCCACACCAGGUCAAACACCUUUCUCCCUGGCGUAUUUCUACUUCAGGCACAACACAGAAGACAGGACAACGUUCAAGCAUGCUCUUCAAGCUCUGAUCUCGCAACUUGUUACCGAGGAGUCUGAUGGAGCCCUCCUUGAUCAUGCCUCCCAGGCUCUCUCUGCUGUGCACAAGCCUUCGCAAACCCAGCUGGCAGAUCUGGCAUCAACAGCAAUUCAGGCCAAGCGCAUCUGCUUUGUGGUUCUAGACGGGCUGGACGAAUGCAACGAUAACGACCAGUCUGAACUUGUUUGUUGGCUCAAAGAUCAAACUACAAAGGGUGGCGACGCACCCCUCACCCUUCGAAUCCUUCUCUCUGGUCGGAGGGAGGGUCGCCUUGACCGCGAGAUUUCCCAGCUGCCUUCAGUCCUGUCAGUCUCUGUCGACAAAUCUGCUAGACAUCACGCUGGCAUUCGACAAUAUGUUGAGGCAAAAGCAAGGCACAUCCGGAACACAUUUGGAGUUGGUGAUAGGGUUGAGCGGAGUAUCACGGAGAGGGUAGUGCCCCAUGCCAAAGGCAUGUUUCUCUUCGCCUUUGUCAUGGUGGAAUAUCUCUCUGGCCUCGAUUGCGCUCAUGAUCUGGAGGAGGAGCUGCAAAGUCUGGAUUUUCCGGAAGGUCUUGAUCAGGCCUAUGAACGUGUUGCCCGAAACGUUGUCCCCAGCGACCAUGAGCUUGCCACUUCACAAGGGCUUAAAAAUGUUCCAUCUAAGGGUCGCAGGGACCGAGCUAAGAACCUAUUAUCAUGGAUAUCGUGUGCUGUUCGGCCCCUCUACUGGCGAGAGGCUCAAGCGCGGUUCAUGAUCAAUCCGCAUGCUGGACCUGAGCGACUUGCACGCAAGAGCAUGUUCGCCCAUUCGCCCAAAAGGUUGUGUGGUUGUCUUGUUGACCUCACGACAGUCACUAGUGACGGACCCAAAGAAGCAGUACAGAUUGUUCAUCGCACCGCAUCAGAAUACCUCGAGCGUAGCAGAAGGAUACCUUCAGCCGGUCAACAACAUGUCGAUAUGUUGACCUUUUGUUGCCAAUACCUCAAGUCGCCCGCAUUCUCCGCCCCAGUCCCCCAAACAAUAAGAGAAGAGCACGCCACGACUGGGUACUAUGCCUUCCAGGAGUACGCCGCAGCAUACUGGCACGAUCACGUCAUGCUUCUUCGACAACAUGCUGCAAACUUGCCGCCAGAAACAGUACGGCCGGCUCUAGACGCUUUGUCUGGUUUCUUGACUGCCUCCUUUCGAGCGGCGCAGGAUGGGCAAGACAGAACUGCACUCCAUGGACUUGGUCCUGACUCCAACCUCUUGGACAACGUUGCCGGAUUAAAUCCUGAGCCAAGCGAGCGGAACAAGCUCUUCCUCGUUCAGAGCUGGGUCUCUCUAACACGUGAAGCUAUCGAAGCUGCUCGGCGAGGCACUCGCCAUCUCCAAGAUGCGGAUCUGGAGAAGUUCUACGGCCCUGAACGCUUCAAGUGUCCACGUCCAUGGUGCGACUUCUUUCAUCUAGGCUUUCGGAAGCAGUCCGAGCUCGAGCAGCAUAUCGAUGCCCAUACCCGCCCAUUCAGGUGCAAUGUCGAGGGAUGUGAAGUUUCGUCCCUAGGCUUCGAGUCCAAGCCGACGUUGGACAGACACAACGAAAGAUUUCACAAACCUAGGUCGGAGGACGAACGUUUUCCGAAGGCCGUCUCAUCUAAAGGAGGCCAUCGCGCCGAGUUGGCUCGAGCGAUCAAGGAAGGGAAUCUUAUCAAAGUCAAAGAGCUGAUAGGUCCCCAGAAUCUGAAGGUGGUGUUUCGUGAGGAUAUUCAUGGGGAACCCAUGACCGCAUUCACCCCGCUGAUCCAUGCUAUCAGAUGCGGCCAGUUCAAGAUUUGCAAGUACCUUCUCGAGUCAGGAGCGAAGGUUAUAUAUCACCAAGGAAGAGCCACAGAUAUGACACCCCUCCGCGAAGCCAUUAGGGCUAGCGACACAGCCCUACUGGAUUUGCUUCUUAACCAUAUUCCUGAAAUGGAAGAGCCUGCGCCAAACCACGAGACCUUGGAUACUAUUGCCUCUUUUUUGGCCAGAGGUUUGGAACUGGCCCUAGCUCUCGGCAACGAAGGCCCUGCUCUCUCGCUUUUGAAAAAGUUCAAGCUCGACUUCUUCUCUCGGUCCCCAGGCUCCGCCAGGGUCUGCUUCUACCACAUCAUUCGGUUUUACAACAUGUCUCAUUUAUUCCCAUUGCUACAACAACACAUCCCUUUGAGCUUCGCCCGAGGAAACAUUGUUGAUGGCCGAUCCAUUCUCUCAUUUGCGGCAGAAUACGACCACCCUGAGAUCAUCACAUCUAUCAUUGCAGAGGGAGACUGGGACAUCAACGAAAGAUGCCCACAGUGGAGAACACCGCUUUCCUACGCCGCGGAGAAGGGGAACCUGGCGACCUUGCGUGUGAUACUUCAAGUCGAGGGGGUUGAACUCGGGGCGUCAUGCAUAAAGCGCCGGAGUCCUCACUACUACGCGGCAUCGGAGGGGCAUCUUGAGUGCUUACAGACCCUAUACAUUGCAACCUCUUCUGGGAUCUACGGGUCAGACAUUUUUUGCCAAGAACUCCGCCACUAUGCGACUAAUGCCGGCAAGGAAAGCCUGGAAGCCCUCUCAGAAAUCCUCCUAACCCUCGCUGAAUGGGCGGGCCACAGUGGCAAGACCAUGCACCAUCAUGCGGUCAUCAAUGGGAGGCCUGAAUGCCUGAAGGUCCUUUUCGACAUCUUUCCCACAGGCAGCACGGAGAUGCAUACGGAUGGGAACACGCUAUACCUUCAUGCGGUCAUCAAUGGGAGGCCUGAAUGCCUGAAGACCCUUUCCGACGUCUUUCCCACCGGCAUCGAGCAGAUAGAUGCCGAUGGGAACACAUUGUACCAUCAUGCGGUCAUCAAUGGGAGGCCAGGGUGCCUCAAGGCCCUUUUCGAAAUCUUUCCCACCGGCAUCGAGCAGAUAAAUGCCGAUGGGAACACAUUGUACCAUCAUGCGGUCAUCAAUGGGAGGCCAGAGUGCCUCAAGGCCCUUUUCGAAAUCUUUCCCACCGGCCUCGAGUGGAUGGAUGCCGGUGGGAACACGCCAUACCAUAUUGCGGCAGCCAAGGGCGACCUCGAAUCCUUGAAAGCUUUAUUGGAGAUCCUCCCUACCGGCGACCGGCUGAAGGAUCAAAAUGGGAAAAGCCCGCUCUUUAUCGCAGUCGAAAAUCUGAAACUCGACUGUGUCCGAUGUCUCCUCGCCUUGCCGGAAGGGGACGUUGAAGCGACCUGCAUUGAUGACACAGGCAACAGUGCCCUGAGCUCACUGGAUUCGCGAUCUAUACGACCCCGCGAAGUCGCUGCAGUCGCUGAAAUUGCUCGCCUUCUGCUCGAGCGCAUGCCAAGCCUACUUGAUCUCUCGGACAGAGAUGGGUGGUGCCCUAUGCACAACUUUGUCAGUAUCCAAAAUUUCGAACCAGAGGCCUUGAAUUGGGUAACGCGGCUCGCCCACACCGCCAAUCCAAAUAGAACGACUUUCACCAGCCGAGGCGAUGUCCCAAGAGGAGUUACCGCACUAGAGAUCGCCAUUCAUCGCCUGAGCCGCGUCACUUCUACUCACCAAAAGGUCAUGUUGGGGAUCGUGGAGGCGAUUAUACACACCGGAAACUUCGAAUUUUCCGCGUUUGAUCGAGAGAGGCGAAGGUCACUGCUUUUAGGAAUCCCCUUCUGGCAACCCAGGCCCACAAACCUAACCCUUCUGGUUUCUCUAUUCCAUCAUGGGUUUCGUCCCUUCCUGGCUGAUGUUUUCGCACUGGACAGCCUCCUCGUACCAUGGUUGCUCAUGGCCGUGGAUAAUCUCCUUACCAAAACAUAUCUCGAGGAGGCAGAGUGCUUGGAGAUGGUCGAGCUUGCUACGUGCACUGGACGGGAUGAUGCGAUCGCAAGGAAGGCCUACCUCUUCGAGAGACACAGGGCCUUGGGCUUCGCGCUCCAGAAAGCAAUCAAUGGAGACGAUUCCACCCAGCCCAACCCCAACUUGUUCCCGAGUUGUCAGGGCGAGGAUAUUGCAAAGGUUCGGGGAUAUAUACCUGUGCUCUACUGA